GAGUGACACCGGGCCCGGCCAUUGGUUGCCUGUGACUGGCGUUGGCCGUGUUUACCAGGCGGCUUCCGGUACACCCGGUGCCCAUCUCUCACCCGGUGGCCACCGACCUGUACCGGCAGCGCUGGGAGGGAUGGUACAGGCGGCAGGCGGGCUCUCCUUCAUACCCGACCAAGGAACCGGCGCCGCCAUCAUCGCCUGCCCCGGAGAGUGAGUCCCGUGCGUCCAUUCAGUACCCGGGCAGAGAAUGGCCAGCGGAGAGCUGCAGAGCAAGUACCAGAAGCUGGCACAGGAGUACUCCAAGCUGCGGGCGCAGAACCAGGUGCUGAAGAAAGCCGUUCUUGAUGAGCAAGCUAAUUCUGCAGCUAUGAAGGAGCAGAUGAAGAUGAAGGAGCAGUCCCUGCGAAAACAACAGCAGGAGAUGGACAGUCUGACUUUCCGAAACCAGCAGCUGGCCAAGAGGGUGGAGCUGCUGCAGGAGGAACUGUCCGUGAUGGAAGCCAAGGGCAAAAAGACCAAGAGACACGUGGAGUCUUCUCAACUGAGUCAGGAACAAAAAAGCGUCUUUGAUGAGGACCUUCAGAAGAAGAUAGAAGAGAAUGAAAGGUUGCACAUACAGUUCUUUGAGGCCAGCGAGAAGCACAGACAGGUAGAGGAUGAGCUGAAGAGCCGGCUGGAGGUCCUGGAGACAGGCGCCGCUCAGCACCAAGCAGUCGUGGAUGGCCUGAAGCAGAAAUACAUGGAAACGAUCGAGAAGUUACAAAGCGACAAGGCAAAGCUGGAGGUCAAAGCGCAAUCGCUGGAAAAAGAGGCCAAGGACUGCAGGCUGCGAUCAGAAGACUGCCAAAAUCAGUUGAAGACCCUUCAUGUAGAUCUAAGCAGCAGACUGGAGGAAUCACUGGGCAUCAUCAAUGAAAAAGUACCUUUCAAUGACACAAGAACUAGUGAUUUCAAUGCCCUGAAUGUUCCCUUACAUAACAGAAGGCAUCAGCUGAAAGCACGGGACUUACUUAGUCAGGCCCUGUCCUUUGUCCAGGAUUUAGUUACCGGUCUCCUGAACUUCCAUACGUACACUGAGCAGAGAGUCCAGAUCUUUCCCGUAGACUCCGCCAUCGAUGUCAUCUCGCCGUUAAAUCAAAAGUUCUCGCACUAUCUUCAUGAAAAUGCCUCUUACGUGCGGCCUCUGGAGGAAGGGAUGCUCCUGUUGUUUGAAAGCAUCACCGAGGGCACGGUUACCGUCCUGGAAACUGCGGGGAAGCUGCAAUUUUUUUCUGAGCAUUUUGCGUCCUAUGUGUCUUAUCUGCAAAAAAUUCUUCCAUACCAGUUAAAAAGUUUGGAAGAGGAAUCCGAGUUCUCGCUUUGCACGGCAGCUUUAAGGGAACGGAACCUUAAUCUACAGCGAGACAUGAGGAGAAUGACCGCUGUGUUUGAGAAGCUGAAAACAUACAUCGCCCUCCUCGCCUUACCCAGCACAAAACCAGAGGGUUUGCUGAGAAGCAGCUAUGGCUGUAUACUGACACAGAUUUCUGGCGCUCUCCAUGGACUUCAUGAUAUUAUGAGAGAGCUUUCCAAACACUACGGUCAUAAAGCUGCUCUGGAACAGGAGCUGCCAGCAGCCUCCGAUAAACUUAAAACCACAAAUGAUUGCAUCUUGUCUUCCCUCGUUGCGCUAACCAAUGCAACAAACAAGAUUGCAACGUUCUUCAGCAACAACCUAGACUACUUCAUGUCCUCGUUAAGUUACGGACCAAAAGGGGGCCAUGGGUUCACAAAUCCCCUCUCGGCUGAAAUGAUGCUUAAGUACAAGCAGAAAGCCGCCCAGUACAUGAAAGCUUUAAAGAUGCCCUACCCAUACUCUGUGCCUUACGAGGAGGCGUUGGUGAAUCGCAGAGUACUCCUGAGUUCCACAGAGAGCAGGGAAGGUCUGGCACAGCAGGUGCAGCAAAGCCUGGAGAAGAUCAGCCGCCUGGAGCAGGAGAAGGAGCACUGGAUGCUGGAGGCCCAACUGUCCAAGAUUAAAUUAGAGAAUGAGAAAGAGACGCGGAGGAUAGCGGACACGUUGAAGAACACGGACAAGGGGCAAUCGGGGGAAGUACCACAGGAAAAUGCCUUGCUGCACACACAAGACCAUUCCAGCGAAACAAAUAGUACAAGUUUGAUUGGGAUGUUGACCGCGAGCAACGACCAUCUGCAGGUUCCAGAUUACGACUCGAGGGAAGGUCUGAUAAAAAAUCAUUACAUGACGAGAAUAGCAGAUCUCACCACACAGCUACAGCUGGCAGACAGCAAGUCUGUCCAUUUCCACGCAGAGUGCCGGGCUUUUGCUAAAAGAUUAACAUUGGCAGAAAAAUCCAAUCAGAGCUUAACGGAAGAAACCAAAUCAGCCCGCCAGAGUAUCAGCAGAUUGCAGGAUGAAUUAAUCACAACAAAGCGGAGCUAUGAGGACCAGCUGAGCAUGAUGAGUGAUCACCUGUGUGUUAUGAAUGAGACCUUAUCAAAGCAGCGGGAGGAGAUAGACACUUUAAAGAUGGCUAGCAAGGGAAAUUCCAAGAAGAACAAGAACAGAUAGUGGAUGCCAGUUCUGUUGGUGCACAUGAUGUUGCUGCUAUAUACACUGCAGAAUGGUGUUUGUUAGAGGAAGAUGUCUGCUGUCAACUUAUCCCUAUGAUAUAUGUGAACCGAAACCCCUUUCUCCACGAAGGGGGCCAGCCAAACAUCGGUCUCCUCACUCCUUAACAUACCUGUGACCUGAUUGGAAAUUUGGAACAUAAUCUCUGAAAACUCAUAAUCACUCCAUCAUUUUACCUCCUUUGAAAGUUUUUACAUUGCACUUUUUUUUUUAACGAAAAAAAACAAAACCGUUUUUAAUUUCAUUACAUUAUAGCUUUAAAGUUUUUUUGUUGGGGUAUUUUUCAGGCUUCGUUUAUAAAACACAUUGAAUGUCUAUUUUUUUUGUUUUGUUUUUGUAAGAAAAUUGUAUGAAAUUGUGUCCGGCUCUGACCUCAACGAUGAGGCUUAAAGGGAGAGUUCCUUUCCAUUAAAGGUCUGUUUACUUGCAAAUGAACAAUGCCUCCAAUUGUUAAACCUUCAUGUCCGUGUUAAAAAAAAGUUUAAAAAAUUGAAAGAUUAUACUAAAUUUAUCAAUAAAUUCUUACAAAAUUA